UCUGACGCAGCACUAACGGUCGUACGUUACUUGCCCCGCCUCCUGGUUGCUCAACAGUAAAAUCAUGUCGUUAACAGUUAUUUUAGACUCACAACCUUAAAAUACGCAGUUACUAAGUGUGAAUAAGGCUGUAAAACUAAACUUCGAGCCACAGAGCCUUUUUGAGAGAAUGCUCCAGAGGCUCGCUGCGUGCCUGCGGCGGCCCGCUGCUGCUGCAGCCGGGGUACGAUGCCUCUCCUCGGGCACAGUGGACAUCACCGCCCCGCUGAACUUCUGGGAUGGGAAGAGAAGGACGAGCCAAGAGAAAAGCAACAAGGAAAAGGUUUACGAACCUGCAACUGGGCGGGUCUUGUGCCAUUUGGAGCCUUGUGGUGCCGCGGAGGUCAAUCAGGCCGUGAAGGCUGCCAUGUCGGCCUUUGGCCAUUGGAGCAAAAUGUCUGGGAUGGAGAGGGCGAGGAUCAUGAUAGAAGCUGCCCAUAUCAUCGAGAGCAGGAGAGAGGAGAUAGCUGAACUGGAGGUGGUCAACAAUGGGAAGUCCAUCACAGAGGCCCGUAUGGACGUUGACUCUGCCAGACUGUGUAUCGAGUAUUAUGCAGGCAUGGCCAGCACUCUGGCAGGCCAGCAUGUCCAGUUGUCUGGGGGAUCCUUUGCCUACACCCGCAGGGAGCCUCUGGGCGUCUGCGUCGGCAUCGGUGCUUGGAAUUAUCCUUUCCAGAUAGCUGCAUGGAAAUCAGCUCCAGCUCUGGCCUGUGGCAACUCCAUGGUGUUCAAGCCGUCACCGGUGACGCCCGUGACGGCGGUCAUCCUGGCUGAGGUCUACGACGAGGCCGGCGCUCCAGAGGGGCUGCUCAACGUGGUGCAGGGCGGCCAGGAGACCGGCAGCUUACUCUGCCACCACCCCGACGUAGCUAAGGUGUCCUUCACCGGGAGUGUGGCCACGGGCAAGAAGAUCAUGGAGAUGGCAUCCAAGGCGGUGAAGCCCGUGACUCUGGAGCUCGGGGGGAAAUCUCCUCUGCUCAUCUUUCAGGACAGCGAUCUGGAGAACGCCGUGAGGGGAGCUCUCAUGGCCAACUUCCUGUCUCAAGGCCAGGUCUGCAGCAACGGCACAAGGGUCUUUGUUCACAAGGAUAUUCUGCCUGAGUUUUUGGAGGAGGUGGUGAAGAGGACGAAGGCGAUCGAGAUAGGAGACCCACUAUUGGAGAGCACCCGAAUGGGAGCACUGGUCAACCAGACACAUCUGGAAAAAGUCCUGUCCUUUGUUGAUCAGGCGAAGAAAGAGGGAGCUACAGUGUUGUGCGGAGGUGAACCUUUUGUCCCAUCAGAUCCCAAACUCAGAGGUGGAUACUACAUGACUCCAUGUGUACUGGGUAACUGCACAGAUGACAUGACCUGUGUGAAGGAGGAGAUCUUCGGUCCCGUCAUGUCCGUGUUGUCUUUUGAAACAGAAGAGGAGGUGCUGCUGAGAGCCAACGACACCACCAUGGGUCUGGCUGCAGGAGUUUUCACCAGGGAUGUGAGGAGAGCGCAUCGCGUGGUGGAACACCUCAAGGCUGGUUCCUGCUUCAUCAACAACUACAACAUCACUCCUGUUGAGGUGCCCUUUGGAGGCUUCAAAAUGUCAGGCAUCGGGCGGGAGAACGGUCAGGUGACAGUUGAGUACUACUCCCAGCUGAAGACGGUGUUUGUGGAGAUGGGAGAUGUGGACAGCCUCUUCUAGAGGACACACACACAUCGAGAGGAAGGUGGCGCUGUAACUGUGACCUAGAGACUGAAACAGACGUUCUGGACCAGAACAACACGUCAGGGAAAGAGCAUCAAACCUUUAGUGUUCAAAAGUGAUGAGAAACAAGCCUGGAAGUCCGUCCUGAAAAUGAACCAGGAUAUAUGUCAAUAUUUUCUGAAUCUGAGGUACAUGUAACAGUGAGGAAAAUAGUUACGGAAAUAUUCAUUUGAAUCUGAAACACUUUUGAAAUCACAUUGUCGUCUGUGCCAAAAUGGAUCAAGUUAAAGUACUCAGUAUUUACUGAACCUUGAUUGAUUUCAGGUUCUAAGGCGUAGAGAGAAUUGCACAUUGUGAUAUAUGAUUUGCACUGUAUAUUUUCUUGCUUAAUAGAUUCUGUAAGCCAUGUAGAGAAUGACAUUUCUAGUUGUACUUAAGAACAGAAACGUUUACAAGUCAAGCUUUAUUUCUUGAACCAACCACAUCAAUAUAUUUUUAUAAACACAAAAUGUAAUCAGUCUAGAUUGUACACUUCAUAUACGCUUUUUGCACACUGCUGUUUAAAUUAGAACUGAGACAGUAACAUCCUGCCUUGUGGGUAGAGAUAAUUAUGUAAGGAACCAGUCCAAACACAUUUUCAUGUCGAAUAAAUUGUAACAUAACAAUAAACAGUGUUUAACAUUGCAAAAAAAUGAA